AUUACUUCACCUUGGCCCGAAGAUCGCACGCAGGUCCAGCCCGUUCCCUCCGUCGUCUCCCGUCCUCUCCUCCACCGACCACCGUCUCUCCCCAGGCACGGCUGACGGCCCCGCCAACCCUGAAGCUCAUCCCCCUCUCCUUCCCCGUUCUCCGGUCGGCGUCACAGCCCCCGGCCGCUGCCUGGCGUGGAGUGCUGAUCCAUCCCGGGUCCAGACCGAUUGCUUCUCUCCUCGCUGUGAUUGAAGCAGGAGGUGCCAGGAGUUAACCGGAGAUGAAUGCCCCAGAUCGCUACGAGCGCUUUGUUGUGCCUGAGGGCACCAAGAAGGUGUCAUAUGAGAGGGAUACCAAGAUUGUGAAUGCUGCAUCCUUCACCAUUGAGCGUGAGGACCACACCAUUGGCAACAUCGUUCGCAUGCAGCUGCACAGGGACCCAAAUGUGCUCUUCGCUGGAUAUAAGCUCCCUCACCCUCUUCAGUACAAGAUUAUUGUUAGAAUCCAUACUACGAGCCAGUCUUCCCCGACACAGGCCUACACGCAGGCUAUCAAUGAUCUAGACAAGGAGCUCGAGUACCUUAAGCUAGCUUUUGAGGAUGAGAAGACCAGGUACGAGGAAAGGGCCAAGCAGGGGUUCUAAAACCAUGGUGCUGGAGAUCUGACCUUAAAAACUCCGCGUGUUAGUUUUCUCGGAGGCACGAGCCGCCUUGAAACAAUCACACAAGGAUUGUGAGCAUGAUGUAAGACUGAUGAUCCCGGAACAACCGGCGCACGACUCGCCUUGAGACGAAAUGCUUAAGGAUCGUGUAAGUUUGCAACAUGAUUCCAGACUGAUCCCUGAACUACCAGUCAGCGCCUUCUCUGUUGUUGAACCUGUGCCAAGAGUCCACAGGACAGCGUGGUUAAUCUGCCGUCACCCCAUGUUCUGUGUUCUCAAUGUUCUGUGUUCUCAAUGGGAACCAAUGGUAAUCUGCCGUCAGCGCCUUGUCUGUUGUUGAACCUGUGUCCGAACCAUCAUGCUCGUGCCAAUUUCAUCUUAAUUCUGUGUCAUGGUAAAUAAAUGUGGUAAAUAAUAGUAGCAGUGCCGGUGAAUGUGAUAAACCUGCAAAAGGAAUUUUA